AUGGAUAGCAGAUCGCUAUAUGGGCGCGAAAACAAUGCUAUGGUGAACACUUUAAAAAAUAUAAAUCGCAUACGCACUAAUACGGUAGAAAAAGUUUUCCGUGCAGUUGACAGAGGUGAUUAUGUGACUCCUGAUGACAGAUAUCUAGCCUACAUGCAACAACCAUGGCGUAGUGGGCGCCUGCACUUGUCUGCACCCUGUAUAUAUGGCGAGGUACUCGAGGCACUGCACUUAAGACCGGGGCAAUCGUUCCUCAACAUCGGCUCCGGAACAGGAUACCUCAACACGUUGGUGGGCCUGAUCCUCGGCUGUAUUGGAAUUAACCAUGGCGUGGAGGUUCAUUCUCAAGUAGUGGAUUACGCUAAUGAAAAACUCGAACAAUUCUUAAAGAACUCCCCGGCUUUGGACGAGUUUGAUUUCUGUGUACCUAAGUUCCAUUGUGGUAAUGCACUGUGUCUGUCUGCUGACCAAAAGCCCUACGACCGCGUUUAUUGUGGGGCCGAUUGCCCUGAAGAAUUUCUUAAUGUCUUUAAGAAGCUCAUUAAGAUUGGUGGUGUUUUGGUGUUGCCCAGCGACAACAGACUGUUGCGGAUUGAACGCACAACCGAAUACACCUGGACUACUGUAUCCUACAUGAAUGUUGCCUUUUCUUCCCUUCAGUUGCCCACUAUUGAAGAAAGUUUAACGCACUUUACCAUUGAGUGGACAUGUCCUCCACGCCUACAGAUACUAUCAUACGCGGUGGUUCGUAAAUGCAUGAGGGCUUCACAGCUGUCGCGGCAUCCGCGCGUUUCCGAACCCUUGUUGCGUUGCCCGGGACUUACUGAUUUUGAUGUGAAUGAACUCCUGCGUCAUAUACUCAGCAUGAAUACAGAUCGAGAUAGUUCACUACCAUUAUCAGGAUUCUCAUCUCAGAAACAUGAAAAUCUUCGCGACGAAGAUACUGAUCACAUUAAGUCUCUAGAAUCUAUAAGCAAGCCUCUAGAAGAAGAAAAUAAAUCUGAGCUUACCUCAAAGAAUACUGUUGAUGCUUCCCCUACUAAAACCAAAUCAACCAAUAUAACACAGGCCAACGAAGAUUUAGACAAAUUGAACAGCAAGAGAACGAAAUCAGGUGUCACUACAUUAGACACUAACAAAGAACUAGACAAGUUGAACAGAGCACUAUCAAAUACAACUCUUGCAACCCCAGAACAACCAGAAUUCCUGGCCCAGACAGGUACAAAACCAAAUAAUGCCAAAGCUUCGGUUGAAAAAUCUGUGAAUAUAAUAGAGACUAACAAGGAUUUACAGAAUAUUAAUGGAGUUCAGGGAAAUAGUUGGUCACUUUUUCAAAAUUUACAGAAACCCACAAGCGAUUCUUUAAAAGAAACUAAAAAAACCGAUUUAGCCUUGAAUAAUGACAGUGAUACGUCUGGUGAUAAAGAAAAACCUGUCAAUAUAACAGAAACUAACAGAGAUUUACAGACGAUGAAUGAGGAUCAGGGUAAUAGUCUUGCUACACCGUUAGACAUUGUACAUAAACCCAGAAUCUAUCCUAUAGAAGUGAUUGAGAAGGAACAAGAGAAGAAGGAAGUACAAGCAUUUAAUUUUACUCCACCGUCACAAAACGUACAUCUACCUACUGUAAAGUUCACCCGUUACAAGUUUACAAAAAACAAAAAACAAUCUGACUUAACCCCCAGAGCUACUGAUGCUUCAGAAAAUAAAAAGCAGUCUCUCACUUUCAAUACUGAGAAAUGGUUCGACAAUAUAGAUAGUUCAAAAGUGUUUAUAUUCAGUGAUAGUAAAAAAGAUCCGACUUCAUCUUGUAGUUCAUCUCCGUUCAAGACAUGUACACAGGACAGAGCUGCAGAAGCCUGUCCGAAUAAGACGUUGAAUUAUAAUAUUAAGGAAGUUGUCGAGAAAUCGACAAGCACAUCACCCAAUCCAGUCACUGAACCUGUUCCUGCGGUUGACCUAAACUCUACAAGCGAGGUUUUAAAGGACAUCCGGCUGUCCAUCCUCGUGAAGCAAGGCGUCAUGGAAGUGCAACUCCCAUACGAGCAAAAAGAGUUAACCAAUAUCACCUUCACUAAAGUGGAUGAUAAAGCUAUGAUUACAUCAAAUGAAAACUCAUCACCACAGCCCCAUACUAGUAAAACGAGUGAAGAAGAACAGCUGGCAAAUAGCCGGGACACGUACAAGUCUGAUAUUUUCGAACGUUUGAAGAUCGCACUGUCGCCAAUGCAUCUGACUAAAGUAGUUCCAAGAUUCACUGUUCGAAUCUCAUUCAAAACCCUCAACUACUACACAGCCUGGAUUUGGGAUAGUAUGAUGUUGACAUAUGACAAACUUGACCAUGAGCAUAAUAAAGCCAUUUUCCAGAAAGGGGCGUUACUUUUAGCGGAGGCUAAAGUUGCAUACGCCCAAAAAUCCAUAUCUCAUACACCAAAUGAAGAGUUGCGUAGUCGAAAAGUGUUUACUGACGAAGAGCUAUUGAAUUUGAAAGAAAUGGCUUCAAAACUUCCAUUGCCUCUGGCGGCAUAUUUGGAAUGCAUCGGCAAUACUAACAAUGGUGAUCAACUGAUCACUCCGGUUGUCGUCGAUCAUCCUCAAAACGUUCUACUCUCUGGGGCUCCCAGCCUUAUGCUGUCCCUUUUUAAACAAUUACGAUUUGGAGUGCCUUUAAAUGGACCGCUAUAUCGGCGUGCUCGUGAGCUGGGCUUGCCUAUGUUAAAUUGGGAAGAAUUUCCAAAUACGACCCCCGGAGCCGGAGGGGGGUCGACGAGGGUUAGAAUCACCACGGAAUCUUUUAACUUCUGGGUCACAACCCGUAAUGGCUGUUAUGCUAUAAAAUGGGAUGCAAACGAUUGUCGUACUUUUAAAAGGAUAGUCUUGACUUUGGAUGAGAAGAAAGGUCACAACGUGGAUUUCGAUCUUUCUCACGGUAUGGGGUCCCUAGCUCAGCUUGUCCAAACGAUUGAUUAUAAAGUGGACGAGCCUACAAAGUGGCUCACCAACAUUCCUGUGGACGAUUACUCGAUUAAACUCGGAGCAGCAUUUGCUUUUCACUGUGCCAUUGACGAGCAGGGGGCGUGUAUACCGCCUCAGACAUACAUGAGUGGACAAAUCACUCCGCGCCGGGUCAUGUUUGCAAUUUUGUGUAGCAUUUAUCAUUCUUAA